AUGGAGGGUACCUGGAGAAUUUGUGUCUGUUUCUAUUGCUGUCUUCACUGGCUUGCUUCUAGCAUCCAGUGUUCCCCCCACUUCAGGGAUCGAGACAUCUCAGACAAGACCUCUGGGCUACUGGCAGCUCCAGAGGACAGAGAGCUAAACCCAUUGCUGUGGCUGCCAAAGAGUGUAAGGCAUGGCUAUGCCCUCCUGCCUCCCCUCCUCAAGGUGCUGUCAGACCGGGGACACGAGAACUGGGAAAGUGAGGUCCCCAGGCUGCAGCCAGACUCCAGAGCCCUUCGGUACAUGAAGAGGCUCUAUAAGAUGUCUGCCACCAAGGAUGGAAUCCCAAAGGCUUAUAAAAGCCAUCUCUAUAACACUGUUCGGCUUUUCACACCGUGUUCUGAGUGCAAGCACCUCUACAGGGACCUAAUGAAAGGAGACGUUCACUCGGUGGAUUUACUCUUCAACCUGGAUCGUGUUACUGCUCUGGAGCACUUACUCAAGUCUGUCUUGCUCUAUUCUUUUGACACAUCAGUUGCCAACUCUUCUUCCAUUACCUGCAUGUGCCAUUUGUCUGUUAAGGAGCAUGAUUUUUCUGGCCAAGUAUGCCCCAGCAUUUCACACUCUAUAGCUUUUAGCCUGCACUUUGAAGUUAGGAAGCGCAAAUGGGUUGAGAUUGAUGUGACUUCUUUCCUCCAGCCUCUGAUUGCCUCUAACAGGAGGAACAUUCAUAUGGCUGUGAACGUCACUUGUCUGAUGGGUGAGCCACCACAGAACACUAAACUGGAAAAUCCCAUUAAUAUGGCAUUGGUGCCCCCCUCUCUUCUUCUUUACCUGAACGAUACCAGCGAGCAAGCUUAUCACAGGUGGAACUCACUUAGACACAAAAGGAAAAACCCAGUGAAGCCCAGGCCAAGGAACAGUCCUAGGGGUGGCCAGGAGAAUUCACAGGGUAAAAGGGCCUCUCGGCGUCGGAGAGAGGAGAACCUGCCAGAAGCACCAACAACUUCACCUUCUGAUCUGAGCCAAUACUUCAAACAGUUCCUGUUCCCUCAGAACGAGUGCGAGCUCCACAACUUCCGCCUGAGCUUCAGCCAGCUGAAAUGGGACAAAUGGAUCAUAGCCCCUCACAGGUACAGCCCCCAGUACUGCAAGGGUGACUGCCCCAGGGUGGUGGGGCACCGCUACGGCUCUCCUGUCCACACCAUGGUGCAGAACAUCAUCUACGAGAAGCUGGACCCCUCUGUUCCGAGGCCCUCCUGCGUUCCUGCCGAGUACAGCCCUCUGAGCGUGCUGACCAUAGAGCCUGACGGCUCCAUCGUCUACAAAGAGUAUGAGGAUAUGAUAGCUACCAAGUGCACCUGUCGGUAG